AUGGACGCGCUGACCGCGUCGCUCGAGCGCAAGGGCGUGCUCGCCAAGGUCAAGGCCGAGCUCAGGGCGCACGUGUUCGAGGCUGUCCAGCAGAAGGACGGCGCGGGCGCGAACUCGAGAAGGUCCGUGAGCGACCUGCCCCGCGGCGCGCUCAUGGCGUCGCUCGUCGCCGAGUACCUCGAGUGGUCGGGAUGCGACUACGCCGCGCGCGUCUUCGCCGCGGAGAUUGGCGAGGUCGACGUCCGAUCGAACGCGUCGAGGGACGCGCUCGCGAGGGAACUCGGGCUGAGGGACGCCGCCCCGGACGCCCCAUUGCUCCACGCGCUCCUGGGUCGGUCCCGACCGGAGAUCCCGGGCGCGGGUGUGGGCCAAAAGACGCCGGCGACCGCCGGAUCGACGGCGGUGCCGCCGCUGCCGUCGCUCGCCGCGAUCAAGCGCCCCGUCACCGACCGCGGCGCGGUGACCAUGUCAGACGACGACGAGUCCGCGGAGAUCGAGGAGGACAUAUCGGUCGCGGCGUCGGACGGAUUCUCGGCUGGGGGAAGGUCGCCGCGAGGGGGCGGCGGCGGCGUGGGUCUGUCGCCGCGAGAGGGCCCGAUGCCCGCGGGGACGUUCGACGCGGCGGACGUGAGCGGGAGCAUCGACGGGAUGGACGAGACGGUGGAUGUGGUCGAGGGGGUGGAGGGCGGCGUCGGUGACGCGGACGGGGGACGGCCCAAGACGGCCAAGGGUGGGCGAAGGCGGUGA